AUGGCUGACUUUAAACUGAGGGAAGAAGAGCCGAUCGGCGGCCGCACUAUUGAUGAUCUCGUAGACGGAGUAGCCGAGGAUCUCGGCCUCACACGAGAAGCCCAUCUUGAAGCUCUCGAAGACGGCCUUAAAGACAAGAAGCUUUGUGGCAUCGUCCAUCCCUAUGUGGCAGAUGCAUUGCUGAAUCGCCUGUACAAAAUACCGAAUGAAACCUUCGAGGUCGACGUGUAUCCGUCGUCCCGCCUAGUGACUCGAAAUCCGACACACUUUAAGAAUGUCGCGAUUUUCGUGCACCGAGUGGCUCCAAUUCCAGGGAGCAGCAAGGGAAAGCUGGCCUGUACCUGGGCGUUCGAUUUGGACCCUGAAGAGUGCAGCGUAGCAGAGUUGAAGCGGCGUUUGGAGCUCCUGGCCUCUACUAGCAGCGAACGCAUGCGUUUAGUCUUUAACGGUUUCACCUUGACAGCCACAAAUGCGCUGGCAGAGUAUGACAUCCAAGGGGGAGAUAGUCUCUAUUUAUACACUGUGAAAGAUCCCAACGAAACGACGGUUAUCUGCUGUAGCGGAGAGGAAACGCCUCACACCUCGGCUCCUGCGGCCCAGUGUUGCUGCUGCACCUCCCCUCCACAUGGCGCUACUUGCUCCGCGGAGCCGUGCGUUGCGUUCGCACGAAAAUCUAGGAAAUAUGUGGCGCGUUUGCUACAAAACGCCUAG